AUGGCGCCCCGCGACUUUCCCAGCGCAAAGCUGACGCUUUCCUACCCCCUCUACGCUUGCGAUUUCGACCCUCAAGAUCCCACGAGGUUGGUCGUAGGUGGUGGAGGUGGUCCUGGCCGGAGCGGAGUUGGCAACAAAAUUACCGUCAUCGACGCCAACGACCAGUCCGAACUCGCCGUCACCGGCGAGGCUGACCUCAGCCGUGAUGAAGAUUCCGUAUCGUGCCUGGCCGUCGGGCCCCGCAAAGGCAAAUCCGUCCUCGUCUACGCCGAAAGCACAAAAACCCGCACCGCCGGCUCCGCGGUCCCCUCCACCAACGUCGCCGAGGUCUCCAGGGUCGGGCUCUUCUCAGCCACGCACCCCGAGGAGUACCAGCGCGUCGUCCGCUUGGGCGCGCCCUCGUCCUCCGGCGUCCAGCUCGGCGCCGCCGCGUCGGGCCUGGGAAAGGAAUUCGAGAUUGCCCUCUUCGAAGUCUCGCCGAGCGGGUCAGCGGUGCCAAAGAGCAAGGGCAAGCUCGAGCUUACCAGGCAGGCUGACGACAUUGACGUCAUCCAGACGGGCGAGGAUACCUACCAGGUUGCCUACUGCCACGAGUAUGAUAUCUACACCGUGGAUGUGGUCAAGGGUGUGGGUGCCGACCCUAGGCUUGUAUUCACGACGCCCCACAACCAUGGUACCGGCGCUCCGCGCCCGCAGUUCCGCUCCAUCAGGUACCUUACUUCCGACUUCAUCCUGGCCGCCGCAAAUAUGCCCAAGAGGACGGGCGUGGUUCUCCAGGGCAUCAGGCUGCCCACCAAGGUUGGCGAUAACGGGCGAGUAGCUAUCACGACAAAGCUACCGAAGAGCGUGGCCCAGGCCACUGCCCUCGCCGUUCGGAAUCUCACGCCGCCCACCACCCCAGGCGCACAAGUCGGCAACGUUCAGUUCCUGAUUGCCGUCGCCGGCCACGAUUCGUCUAUAUCGCUGUACACUCUCGAGCACAAGUUCAUCGAAACCAUCUCGGUCCUUGUCGACCUCUUCCCCCUCCAGACUCUCAAGGAGACGCACCCCCUCCAGGUUACCGGCCUCGCCUUCUCGACGUAUGCGGCCCUCAAGUCAGGCACCACCCGGCCGCAGGUGAAAUUCAUUGACAAGUCCACUCCCGUUCGCCGCAAUGGCCCUCGUCGCCCCACCCGUUACGUUGUAGCCGCCAAGUCUACGAACCCGGCGAACAGGGCCGUCCUCAUCUCCUUGUCCAUCGUUAUCCUGAUUCUGGCCGUCAUCGCCCAGGGCGUGCUCGAGCUCGGGGGCUCGAGCCCCUAUCCUUGGCACCGCCAAGUACUUCAACCCCUAUGGAACCCUCCGUGCCCCCACGACGACUUCAUCAACAGGAUCCAGGUCGGUGUCGACUACGACGCCUCCGAGGGCGAGGCGCUCUCGUGGGAGCAGCUCACGACGAAGCAGAAGAAGCUGUGGAAGGAGAAGCUCAGGCAGCAGGGCUACUGGGCCGAGAAGAUGGGCGAGGAUGUUUUCAAGGGCGUCUUGUUUGGCCAGAUUGCCGGUGCUGUCGGCCAGGCUCUCGGCGGCUAG